UCGGCGGGGACGCAGCGCCCGGUUCCAGUCCCCGUGUCGCUCGCAGCCCCGCCGCCGCUCUCCGCCGCCGUCAUGGCGAAGCAGGUGCAGCCCAUCAGCCCCGUGAAGAACUUCUUCGCCGGCGGCUUCGGAGGCGUCUGCCUGGUGUUCGUGGGGCACCCGCUGGACACCAUCAAGGUGCGGCUGCAGACGCAGCCCAAGCCGCAGCCCGGCCAGGCGCCGCUCUACUCCGGGACCUUGGACUGCUUCAGGAAGACGCUGCUCAGAGAGGGAGUCCGAGGCUUGUAUAAAGGAAUGGCAGCUCCUAUCAUUGGAGUGACACCCAUGUUUGCAGUUUGCUUCUUUGGUUUUGGCCUGGGAAAAAGGCUCCAGCAGCGAAAACCUGACGACAUUUUGACAUAUCCACAGCUGUUUGCUGCUGGCAUGUUAUCAGGAGUGUUCACAACAGCAAUCAUGGCUCCAGGAGAGAGGAUCAAGUGCCUUUUGCAGAUCCAGGCAGCUACAGGUGAAGCUAAAUACAGUGGCUCCCUGGACUGUGCGAAACAGCUGUACCGUGAGGCUGGCAUUCGAGGCAUGUACAAGGGGACAGUGCUCACCCUCAUGAGAGACGUUCCAGCCAGUGGAAUGUACUUCAUGACGUACGAAUGGCUGAAGAACAUUCUGACCCCCGAGGGAAAGAGCGUGAGCGAGCUCAGCGCGCCUCGGAUCCUCUUUGCGGGCGGCCUGGCUGGGAUCUUCAACUGGGCGGUUGCCAUUCCCCCCGACGUGCUGAAAUCCCGCUUCCAGACAGCUCCUGCCGGGAAGUAUCCAAAUGGCUUUAGAGAUGUGUUGAGAGAGCUUAUCCGAGAGGAAGGAGUUGCAUCUCUGUAUAAGGGCUUCACAGCCGUAAUGAUCAGGGCAUUUCCCGCUAAUGCGGCCUGUUUCCUUGGUUUUGAAGUUGCUAUGAAGUUUCUUAAUUGGAUUGCACCAGGUCUAUGAAGACUAGGAAGUCUUUGGAUAUUCAAGAUGAGAAGGAAGAGAGCGCGAGUGUGCCUCGGAGGAAUAAAAGAAUGAUCACUUGAAGUUCCAAGAAUGAUUACUUAUCUAAUACCUUUUUGCCUUCUUCACGUUCUUUAGGUGGUGCUAUGUGCCACUCAGAAAUAGAAGCCAUAACUCUGAUGUAGAGGUGGUCAGGAGUUUGAGGUGAUGCACCUGAUUUCUGAGCCAAAGUACCACAGCAGUAAUGCUGCAAGUACAUGACUAUCACUAUUACACCCUUCCCUAAGUACUUCCUCAUGGAAGAAGGGGAGAGUUCUUACUCUUUUAAUUCUUUAUUUACUGAAGAAUCAUAUAGCAAUUAAUGCUGAAAAACUUGCAUUAAAAAAAUAGUCAGUGUUUACUUAAUUCUCAGGGCACAAGCUCACAGCUGCACGUAUCUACAAGCGAUGUCAAAUAGCAUCCCAUCCCUUGUAGCUGUUUACUUGUGGCUGUCAACAUGUUCACUGUGGUUUUAAUCUUAUGUGCAUGUAAUGCAACACAUGGAACUAAGCAGGUGAGGCCAGAAUAAUGUUUUAGUGCACUGAGAGGUAGUACAAAACAUAGGAUGUUCACCUUCUUUUUGGUGGAACUAAGAAAAAAAUUAAUUAUGCUUAAAUGUGUUCACUACACUAUACUGAGGCAGUCAGUGGGGAAAUGUGUUUGAUUCACCUGAUCUCAUCUUUUGUCUGAAAUUCUUUUGUCUUGCUGUUCCAGUGAAUAAAAGGGAUGGGUAUCUCAAAUGCAAUUUACAGGUGUAGCAUGAUGGAUAGCAACCCACACUGUAUUUAAUUAAUCAUAUGAUUUGGAGCUCAGUACCUGAUCUAGGAAAUUUCAAGAGGACUUCUAAGAACUCAAUUUCUUAAGUACAUGAGGGGGAUGCGUAGGGGACACCAGC